GUUUCCAAUCCCCAUUCCCUUCUUCUUCUCUCUCUCUCUCUCUCUCUCUCUCUCACUCUCUCCUUUCCGAAACUUCUCUAUUUCCGCAAGGAUUCUCUCCUUGAUUAACGGAAUUAUACCAAGUUUCAGCAUUGCCAUUUUUCUUUUCUUCUUCGGAUUCUCUUUCGCAUAUCACUCCAUUGAACACAUUUAGAGUGUAUUUCCACUUUUUGUUUCCAUGGAAAAGCUUAAACAGCUCAUUUGCAUGUUUCCCCUGUUUUUUCUUCUAUGCCCAUCUUUCGCUUUUGCUGGCCAUGACUACGGUCAAGCUCUAAGCAAGAGCAUUAUGUUCUUUGAAGCUCAGAGAUCUGGUUUUCUUCCUAAUAAUCAAAGAGUAUCAUGGAGAUCUCAUUCUGGUCUUCAAGACGGUAAAGCCAGCGGAAUAGAUCUAGUGGGUGGGUACUAUGAUGCAGGGGACAAUGUCAAAUUUGGGUUACCAAUGGCAUUUACAGUUACAAUGAUGUCAUGGAGUAUCAUUGAAUAUGGUAAACAAAUGGCUACUAGUGGUGAGCUUGGUCAUGCCAUGGAAGCUGUGAAAUGGGGUACUGAUUACUUCAUCAAAGCUCAUCCUCAACCCAAUGUUCUCUAUGGAGAGGUAGGAGACGGGAACACUGACCACAAGUGUUGGCAAAGACCGGAGGAUAUGACCACUGACCGUCACGGUUACAAAAUUGAUCCAAACAAUCCCGGGUCGGAUCUCGCCGGAGAAACUGCCGCCGCUAUGGCUGCUGCUUCCAUUGUCUUCCGUCGCUCUAACCCUUCCUAUUCCAAAGAACUCCUCAGCCAUGCCUAUCAGUUAUUUGAUUUUGCGGAUAAAUACAGAGGCAAAUAUGACAGCAGUAUCACUGUUGCACAGAAGUACUACAGAUCCAUCAGUGGCUACAAUGAUGAAUUGUUGUGGGCUGCUGCUUGGUUGUAUCAAGCAUCUAACGACCAAUAUUACUUGGAUUACCUUGGUAGAAAUGGUGACUCCAUGGGUGGAACUGGUUGGCAAAUGACUGAAUUUAGUUGGGAUGUUAAGUAUCCUGGUGUUCAGACUUUAGUUGCCAAGUUUUUAAUGCAAGGGAAAGCUGGAAUUCAUGCACCAGUGUUUGAAAAAUAUCUGCAAAAGUCUGAAUUUUUCAUGUGUUCAUGCCUCGGAAAGGGUACUCGCAAUGUUCAGAAGACACCUGGUGGCCUAAUAUACCGUCAGAGAUGGAACAACUUGCAGUUUGUUACAAGUUCGUCCUUUUUAGCCACUGUUUACUCUGACUACCUUGCUUCUUCUCGUAGAAACUUGAGAUGUUCUUCUGGCAUUGUCGCUCCUUCUCAGCUUCUCUCCUUUGCAAAAUCUCAGGUGGAUUACAUUCUUGGGGACAACCCAAGAGCAACAAGUUACAUGGUGGGAUAUGGAAACAAUUUCCCUCAAAGAGUUCACCAUAGAGGUUCAUCCAUUGUUUCCAUCAAGGAAAAUCCUUCAUUUGUUAGCUGCCGCGGAGGUUAUGCUACUUGGUUUAGCAGCAAAAAGGGCAACACCAAUAUACUUACUGGUGCUAUUGUUGGUGGACCCGAUGCAUAUGAUGACUUUGCUGAUCAUAGAGAUAACUAUGAACAAACUGAGCCAGCUACCUACAACAAUGCUCCUCUUAUUGGUAUUCUUGCACGACUCAAUGGCGGUCACGGUGGCUAUAAUCAGCUCCUUCCAGUUGUUGUUCCAGCUCCUAAGCCUUUUGUUCGCAAGCCGCAUUCAUCCCCCAAACCAAAGGAAACUCCAUCCCCAGCUUCACAGUCAGGUCCAAUUUCCGUUGAACAGAAAAUGACCAACUCUUGGGUUGCUAAUGGAAGAACUUAUUAUAGAUACUCCACAAUUGUGACUAACAAAUCAACCAAGAAUCUCAAGUCUCUCAAUCUUUCAAUUUUCAAGCUUUACGGUCCAAUUUGGGGACUCACAAAGUUGGGUGAUUCAUACACAUUCCCGUCAUGGAUCAGUUCGUUAUCAGCUGGUAAAAGCCUUGAAUUUGUCUACAUCCAUUCUACCUCUCCAGCAGAUGUCUCAGUUGUGAACUACUUGUUGGCCUGAAACUGAUCAAUUUGGUUGCAAAAGUCUGAUGCAAACAAUUUACAGCUUUCUUGUCUAAUACGAAAUGUGCAGUGGAAGUUCUUCUCAUUCUCCUUAUCCAUUUUCAUUUUGGUAUCAAAUCAUCUUUUUCUUCUCUUGUGUAUUUUGCAUUUCAUUAGGAUAGAUAAAAAUAGAUAGGCUAUAUAAGAUGGAACGGGCGGAGCAGAAAGGAGCGAAGAGACAAUAAAGCAGUGCUCAUCCUCUUUCUUAUCCGCUUUACAACUUAUAUACAGUGAGUGAAUACAAGACAGACAGUGAGACAGAGAAAUAGUUGAGAAGUUUAGUAAUUAAAUGAACUUCUCAACAUGUUAGAGAAAAGUCAUCACUUGUAUUUUUUUUCUAAAGCUUUGGAUGUCUUUUCUGUGAAUUGUGAUGUUGUAAGCUUUGCAGCAUUUGUACGCCAUAUAUGACAGUUUGUGCAAUAUAGUAUUAUGUUUCUGUGCUAUGCAAUAUGCAAUGCUA